AUGGCCGUGGAGUAUGAAUGCUGCGAGACCAACUUCUUCAUACACAUCGUGGUGAUAGUGUUGCUAGUCUUGUUCGCUGGACUAAUGUCUGGUCUUACCUUGGGUCUCAUGUCCAUGAGUCUCGUUGAUCUUGAGGUUCUUGCUAAAUCCGGCACACCCAGAGAUCGUAACCAUGCUGAAAAGAUAUUGCCAGUUGUGAAGAAUCAGCAUUUGUUGCUUUGCACUUUACUGAUAUGCAAUGCAGCUGCGAUGGAGACGCUUCCUAUUUUUCUUGAUGCUCUUGUCACGGCUUGGGGUGCUAUUCUGAUUUCAGUGACAUUAAUUCUUCUCUUUGGUGAGAUCAUACCUCAGUCAGUUUGUUCCCGUCAUGGUUUGGCAAUUGGUGCGACAGUGGCACCAUUUGUCCGUGUUCUAGUCUGGAUCUGCUUUCCCGUUGCAUGGCCGAUUAGUAAGCUGCUGGACUUUCUACUGGGCCAUGGUCGUGUAGCCCUUUUCCGAAGAGCUGAACUAAAAACACUUGUGGAUUUGCAUGGGAAUGAGGCUGGUAAAGGUGGAGAGUUGACGCAUGAUGAGACAACAAUCAUUGCUGGAGCUCUUGAAUUAUCUGGGAAAAUGGCCAAAGAUGCAAUGACACCAAUCUCUGACACUUUUGUGAUUGAUAUUAGUGCCAAACUAGACAGGGAUUUGAUGAAUUUGAUUCUUGAGAAAGGUCAUAGCAGGGUCCCAGUAUACUAUGAGCAACGUACCAACAUAAUUGGACUCGUUUUGGUGAAGAACUUAUUGACAAUCAACCCAGACGAAGAAAUACUAGUCAAGAAUGUGACGAUACGAAUGAUCCCAAGAGUUCCAGAAACCUUACCGUUAUAUGAUAUAUUGAACGAGUUCCAGAAAGGACACAGCCACAUGGCUGUUGUUGUGAGACAAUGCGACAAAAUCCACCCAUUACCCAGUACUGAUGCUGCUAACGAGACUGUAAUGGAAGUCCGAGUGGAUGUGGAUAAUGAGAGAUCCCCUCAGGAAAAGAAGUUGAAGAGAAGGAGAUCACUUCAGAAAUGGAAGAGCUUUCCAAACCGAGCAAAUUCGUUUAAAGGAGGGUCGAGGAGUAAGAGGUGGUCCAAGGAUAAUGAUGCCGACAUUCUGCAAUUAAAUGGACAUCCUCUGCCAAAGCUAGCCGAGGAGGAAGAUGCUGUCGGCAUCAUUACAAUGGAAGAUGUUAUUGAAGAACUUCUACAGGAAGAGAUAUUCGACGAGACGGAUCAUCAUUUUGAAGACUCAUGA